AUGACCAAAGAGACUGAGACUCUGGGACUGAUCUUUCAGAGUGAGAACUUUAACCGUUACACCAACCACAUAAUGGAGUCCUGGUCCUACAUGGAUAACCCUGUCCCUGAGCUGAACCACUCCAAACCCAGACUGCAACCGGGAGAUGACCUGACAGCCUUAACUAUGCUUUACGAACAGUGCAAGAGCCAGAAAGAGCAGAAGAUCACUGGUUGCAACCGUGGAGGAAACAUUUGCAAAUCAACAGAGAGGAAUCCUACAAACACCAAUGACUAUGUUACAUUGGACGCAUCCGCCAACGUUAUGAAGAUCCUCUCCGAGGGUGUUCCCUCGAGCCAUCCCCAAGAGGUUUUGGGAUCCAAGCAGAACACCUCCCUACCCAUUCCCACAACCUCAGACACCUACGCCACCCUGACCAGCGUCGUGUCUGACACCUACGACAAGCAGGAACUCAACAUUAUCUUCGACUCCUUGCUGCAGAAGUGGCCAGAGAGCGGGGCUUUCCCGGACCACAGCACAGAGACUCUUCCCUACAGCGAUCCCUUCCCCGAGGACCAGUCCAGCCCGGUCUACUCAGGCUCCUACACCGGCUCUCCACAUGAGAGAUUCAGGAGCGACUUCCAGUUUUCUCUUGGUGCUCCACUUGCGUCUACUUACAAGUCCAGCGAGCUGCCCAUGGUGUACCUGAACAAGGGCCAGUUCUACCCCAUCACUCUGCAGGGAGUGGACAGCGCAUGCCUUACUGCCACUAAAGUCAAGACGGUGGUGAUGGCUGUGUUUGAGAAUGACAAAAGCCCAGAGAUGCAACUCCGCUUUUGGAAUCACUGGCAUGCGCGCCAGCCAACCGCCAAGCAGAGGGUCAUUGACAUCGCAGACUACAAAGAAGUGUUCAGCGGCGUCAGCAACGUAGAGGAGGUGGCCUUCAACGCUCUCUCCUUUGUUUGGAACCCCAAUGAAGAGGCAAAGGUUUACAUUGGCAUCAACUCUCUGAGCACAGACUUCUCCUCUCAGAAGGGAGUGAAAGGCCUGCCGCUCAACAUCCAGAUUGACACCUACGACUUCAGCUCAGGAACAAACCAGCUCAUUCACAGAGCUGCCUGCCAGGUCAAGAUUUUCUGUGAUAAGGGUGCAGAGAGGAAGAUGCGUGAUGAGGAGAGGAAGAGAUCUAAGAGGAGGGGAAAGAAUGACGCAAACACCAACAAGUCUUUAGUGAGCAGCUCCAUGGGCAGUGAAUGCACCUUCUUCCAAACCCUGGACGACCACGUCACCCAGCCGGUCCUCUUCAUCCCAGAAACACACCUCUCCAGCUUACAGCGCAUGGCCACUCCCAAGGACGAAGCUGACAGGAGUUCGAUGAAGAGAUUGUAUCAAAAGAGAGACCAGUCAAGCUCUCCACCCAGCAAGCAAGCACGCAGAGAAGACCCACAAAGAGUUCUGCUCUACGUGAGGUCGGGCGCUGAGGAGGUAUUUGAUGCGCUCAUGCUCAACACGCCAACGGUGUCGGGUCUACGAGAAGCCGUUUCAGAAAAGUACGGUAUGCAAAAAGACGCCAUUGGGAAAAUCUACAAGAAAUGCAAGAGAGGGAUUUACGUCAACAUGGACGACAACAUCAUCGAACACUACACCAACCAGUCGGCCUUCCUCAUCGAGAUGUCAGAGGUCGCCGGCGGCCAGUUCCAGGUCACCCUCGUAGAAGUAUGAAGUCCAUGCAGCGUCCAAUCAGCGGCACUGCUCCACUGAAGGACGCGUGACAUGAAAUCACAGCUGCCAGUUAAAACCAUCUCUUAUAGCACUGCCCAAUCAGAGACAAUGUGAGCUGUGACCGCCAAAAAACCAGUACGAGAACUGGACUUGAAGAGACCUCUCCAGUUUCAAGCUCAACCUUUAAGCCUUCAUCUGAAGUGUAAAUAAACUCGCCCCAGUUCUCAUGACGUAUUUGAGUUUUAAUGCUCUAACGUUAGAGCAAUUAUAAAGAACAGCCUGUACAUAUAUAAUGUAAAUAGAUUAAAUAAGACAGUGUUUAAUGAAUUAGCCAUGUGCAUGUCGCGAUCCAUUUUCCAUGAAUUAUGUAUUUCAAUUUUUUUUUAUAACUCUACGGAGAUUUUUCAGCAUUUUUUUAAGAGGUUGCUAUUCCUGCUGCUUUCAGUGUACUCAUCAUUUCUUCUACAAAAUAAUCCACCCACAACUAACUCACAAUGUUGUUGUUUUUUUUGUUUUUUUUAAAACUGCCAGCAAGUGUGUUCCUGUAAUGGUUCCUGUUAGUUUCACGACUAUCGCAGCCCGAAACACUUUGGGUUAGAUUCAGAACCGAACGUCAGACAUUUCCAUCCAACAAACCACACAAGAGUUAGUAUUGGCAAUCAUUUAGCCCCAAAGCUGUGGACAUUUCCUGACUGUAUAGUGUAACCACAGAGCUAACCCCCCAACCCCAAAACCACCCUUGCUCCCCCACCAAACCCUUUCAUAGUAUGCAUGUGUGUGUGUGUGUGUGUGUGUGUGUGUGUGUGUGUGUGUGUGUGUGUGUGUGUGUGAAAAAGGUUGCAGGAAAUCCCUUCCCCUUUUACGCAUCAUUUCAAAACGAACAUGUAUCCCUGCUGUAUUUCAUUAUUAUACCACGGCAAUUCUGGUUGUAUUAGCAUAUCUUGCCUCUUUUAUACGAAAAUA